CCGGGAGGGCCGCGGCGCCAUCGGGAGAAGGACGAGCGGCGUGAGGAGGCAGCUUUUGUCGUCGACUUGAUUCCCGCAGCCAUGCUGGUAGCAAGGAUGGUGUGCCUUCGGGCUCUCUCCGGCCACAGCCUGCGCUCUGCCGUUGCUCAGAUUUCGCCCGCCGUGAGAAAUUCCUCCCUGAAGACCAAGCAGUGGCUCACGCAGCCUUACCAGGGAUAUGCCUCCAGGGUUCGGACAGGAAUACGCCAAAGAAAAGUCGGUGAAGAAGUGAAAGAAGCAGCUUUUGAACCAUCGAUGGAAACAGCCUUUAAAAUUCACCAGACAGGACGAUGGAUCGUGGCUGGGGGUGCUGCUGUCGGUCUCGGAGCCCUCUGUUAUUACGGGCUGGGGAUGUCCAAUGAAAUCGGCGCGCUGGAAAAAGCCGUGAUUUGGCCCCAGUACGUCAAGGACAGGAUUCGUUCCACUUACACGUACUUCGCCGGGAGCGUGGGCUUGACCGCCUUGUCCGCAGUGGCGGUCAGCAGAUCCCCUGCCAUGAUGGGGUUGAUGAUGAAGGGCUCCUGGCUGGUAAGAUCUUCUCUCCCUGGCCCCAACUGAUCCUGUGCAGGGGGGGGGGGACAACUGUUGAAAUCCAUGAGUCAUAAAAGAGCCAAGGGCCCGUUUAGUUUACCUCUCUUUCUCCCCCUAGGUGUCAUGGGUGCGGUGGUGGCUCCUUUGACUCUCCUUGGCGGCCCCCUCCUCAUCCGAGCUGCUUGGUACACAGCAGGAAUCGUGGGGGGGCUGUCCGCCGUGGCCAUGUGCGCCCCAAGUGAGAAGUUUCUGAACAUGGGAGCCCCCCUCGGCGUGGGCCUGGGACUGGUGCUCGUUUCCUCUGUGGGAUCGAUGUUCCUGCCUCCGACUUCCAUCUUGGGCGCCGGCAUGUAUUCUAUCGCAAUUUACGGCGGGUUGGUCCUUUUUAGCCUGUUCCUGCUUCACGACACCCAGCAAGUUAUCAAGCGUGCGGAGAGUCAGCCGUACCUGGUGGUCGGCAUGCGGAAAUACGAUCCCAUCAACGCGUGUAUGGGCAUUUACAUGGACACCCUCAACAUCUUCAUCAGAGUGGCUACCAUGCUUGCUGGCGGUGGCGGCAGGAAGAAGUAGAUGCAACUGCACUGACAGGUCCCCAGUCAGUUUCUCUUCUUAGUGCAAACUAGAAUAAAAUGUUUGUUGCGUCCAAGCAGCUUUCAUAUAGACGUUUGAUAUUCUAAGUACUCAGUCUUGAAGUUGUUCUUGGUCAGCAUGACUUAGGUCUUGGUUUCCAGUUGUAAUUUGUAAAAGCAUCCAGUGGAAACCAGUUUGCACAUACCACUCAGAUCACUUUACUUGGAUUGGAGAGGUUUUUGAAACGGAAAAGAAGUUCAUAUCAAUAAAUCUACAUUUAUAGCCAUUGCUAAGUUCUCUUCUCCUUUCAAAAGGUCUGCCACUCUGGUCUGGCGUCGUAGGCCUGGAAGACCAUUUUAUGCUCUUUAGCAAGAAUUGAAUUCAGCUACGGAUUCAGAAACUAUAAAAUCAUUUCAGUGGAAAAUCGGGAAGCUAUCCAAGCAUGUUUGCUACCUGAAAUUGGCUUAUUUUGGAACAGACCUCCUGGUGGAAAUUUGAUGUAGAGAGGAACAAUGGAGAAUAGCAAAGAAUUCUUUGUGGGGCUGUGUUCUGCCCCAAAGUCAGGAGGGGCCCUCAUCUUCAGCCAUGUUUUUUUCUCAAAAUCCUCUACCAAAUACUAGCCUACAACUGGCCCUUCCUGUUGAUCACUGGUUAGGGAUUUCUAAAAGAAUAUUAAGCAGGACUCUACGUGUAAUUCCAGAAUUAUCGGCUGGGGAAAACCAGUUGUACAUAAACCUAUAAGAGAGAAAAUGCAUUCAAAAUGAUGUGAAGCUCCCAGCUUCUGUAACACUCUCAUUUCGUUCACAGAUACAGCAAUUCCGCAAUGUAUAGUGUCAAUCUAUGUUUUCGGGUCUUAAUAAAUGAAGUCCUUGCACAACG